CCUUUGAACUCUAUGACCCAAUAAAUUACCGAUUGCGGAAGUGGUCAACAAGUAAACCAAGGCCAGCUGACCAGAGACGCUAAGACAGAACUCUUGAAUUUUUGUCUAGGAGCUCAAGUUUUGGGUAUUAUUGGACAAAAUGCAACAUUCCCUUCUUCGGCUGACGACUUCGUUACUUGCCCAGCAGAAGACUUCAUUCUUCAAGAAAGGACAGCUGGCUGCAUCGUUUGUGCAACUCUCUACGACCCCCGCCGUGCAUGAUGGGGACCGGAAGCUGUACGAGCUGCGCACCUACUCCAUCCGGCCGGACUGUUUCGGGGAGUUCCUGAAGCUCUCUGACGAGAACAUGCACAUGCGCAUGGAGCACUCCAAGCUGAUUGGCUACUGGAGGACGGAGCUCGGCGGCAUCAACGAAGUUGUUCAUAUUUGGGAAUACGACAACUUUUCCCACCGCGCGGCCGUAAGGCAGGCUCUGGCUAAAGACCCAGAAUGGGUCGGCAAGUAUUUCUCCAAGAUUCUACCGAUGAUGGUGAAACAGGACAACGUCGUCAUGCAUCUGAUGCCGUGGUCCGAACAAGGAGUACCGUCCAAGGCUGGAGGUGUGUAUGAGCUCCGUUCGUACCUGAUGACGGCUGACCAGCAAUGGCAGGGCCCGCUCAGGCGUGCUGUACUCGCCACUGAAAAAGCCAAAGUGGUUCCGUGUGAGCUUCUCGGCGCCUAUCAGAGCGAGUUUGGAGAGUUCAACAGAGUUUACCAGCUGUGGUUCAACGAUGGAUUCCAGGCUUUUGAUGCUAGACAGGAGGCAAGAAAGAAAGUCUUCGAGCAUCCUGAGAUCAUAGCAGCAGGCAUGGAACUGGUUCCUUUCGUACAGAAGAUGGAAAUCAAGGCGCUUCUACCGGUCGGUUUCUCACCGAUGCAAUGAACCCACAGCUACCAAACAAAUCUUCCUCGGGCAAAAUCGAAACUGUCGGCCAAGACGUCCUACGGCCACGGACGUAGUUAAACGGUGAAGGCACAUCUUCGUAGUUUGAAUAUAAAGGCAGAUACUGUAAAUGCAGAAACUUUCGCGGUGGUUUAGUGUUCGCGGUUUUCGCGGUGCCCGCUUCACCGCGAGCUUAAAACCACCACGAACAUUUUUCUUUAGCAGUAAGAGACUACAAUGCAUGUUGCUACCGCGAACUUAAAACGACCGCGAAAAGUAUUUUUCCCAUUACCGCGAAAUUAAAUUCACACGAACUUAAAUGCAUUUACAGUAUUCCGUCAUGUCCGUGACCGAAGAAAUUUGUCUUGGACGACAGUUUCAAUUGCCACCGGAACUAGGAGCUUUCUGGCAAUGCCAUGCUGAUAACUUUUAUUUUUGGUGUGAUUUUUUGGUGCUUCAAAUGUAUGAAUGACGGUGCUCUGAAAUAUUUGGAAUAUAAUGAAAGUGGGUUUUGGAAGUAUUAGGCAUAAAAUCGGAUGGCUUCCUGAGUUUUAGGUACAGAAAAGAGUAAGUGUAGUUUUAACCCCUUGUCAUGAAAACAGAACAUUCCAAAAAUGUGUUCAGUUGUGUGUAGGUUUGUUACAGCGCAACCUUAACUUUUUUUAGCUUUGUUGCUGUGUAUCAAUUAAAGACGUACAACUUUCUAACCUUUUAAUAUCACCUAUCAUACAUGCCAAUAUGACAUUAAAUGAUAAUGAAGAAAGGACAAUAUUUUAGGCUAAUUCAAAAGUAAUAUUAACCGGAAGUUGCUGCGUGGACUUGGAUCUUAAUCGGCAAACCGCACCCGUAUGGCAGCUUUUGGUGUCAUCAUCAUCCAUCGCGUUCGACAUCCAAUAAGAAGAUCAAUUGUAAAUUUGUUGAUUACAGUCUUAGCAGCACUAAACCGUUAUUUAGGUCAUCACUUUCAUGCUUAGAAAUAUACUAUUAGCAAGAUUGCCACAGCAGCAAGAAGAACAAAUGUGCUCUUGUGUUCAGGGUUAUGUACACUCCAUUCAGAAACAAAGUUAAACGUUCCGGUGGUAUAUUUUAUGGAAAAUAUGAAUGUACAAAUAUUGUUUAAAUUGUUUAAUUCGUAAUUGAUUAGUUAGACCGUUGAAAAUCAUUCCAAUGGCACUGAGUAUGCCGUGAUCGAAGUUUGCAUUGUUGGAACAAUCUAGGUAUCUAGGUAUUUCGUCAUUAAUGAAUAAACUGAAUGAAUACUUACCAGUUACAACUACAAACAAUGUAUCAUAAUUGCUGUUUCAAAAAGAAAACCGAUACUGCCUCAAAGUAGUCAAUUGUUUUAACUUUAACUGUGGAAAAUGUAAUAAAAUAUCAACCGUCUA